CGGCCUGAACAUGAUCUAGUAUCCAAGACCACUGGAUACCUAUCAUUACCUCGCCAGAGAGAAGGUCAUACGUUUACAGUUCAUUAAUGUUGUCGACAAUGUUGGUGCGCUGGCUCAUGAUAUUGUGCGUGGCGCUGUGCGUGCGACAUGUGGUGUCUCAGGGCACGCAGCAGUGCCCUGCCUCCAACACCAUCACGCCCUGCAGCUGCACGGUCAAGAAGAACGGCCUUGACAUACUCUGCGAGUUCACGGAACAACAGCACAUACAAAAGGCAAUGAACACGCUACGAUCAAAGCCGAUGAUAAUAUUCUACCUAAAACUCCGGCACAACAACUUAGCGAAGCUUCCCUCGUACAUUUUCCUGGGGCUUGACAUACGUCACCUUACAGUACAUAACAGUAGCUUGGCUGUUAUCGAAGAUUCCUCACUCAGCUCGAUUGGCAACAAGUUGACGCAACUCGAUGUAUCCCAAAACAGUCUAGCGACUAUACCGACAUCUUCGUUUACGCAUCUCAAUCAUUUACUGAUACUCAAUAUGAAUCACAAUAAGGUAACUGCGGUGCAUAACAGAGCUUUUAUUGGACUUGAUACAUUAGAGAUAUUAACUCUAUAUGAAAACAGAAUAUCAGUUGUAGACGCUGAAGCUUUUAAAGGCCUGGAAAAGAAGCUCAAAAGAUUAAAUAUUGGCGGUAACGAAUUGACAGCUGUACCGCAAAAGGCAUUAGCUUUAUUGGAAAAUUUGAAAAAGUUGGAAAUGCAGGAAAACCGGAUAACUUCGAUAUCAGAGGGUGAUUUUGCAGGUUUACGAAACUUAGAUUCUUUAGGAUUGGCACAUAACCAGCUCAGAGAAGUACCAGCACAGGUUUUCUCUCAUUUAACAUUUCUUAACUCUUUGGAAUUGGAAGGAAAUCAAAUACAGAGGAUCGAUGAAAAAGCAUUCGCCGGUCUUGAAGAAAAUCUACAAUACCUUCGUCUCGGCGAUAAUCGUCUUCAUGACAUUCCUUCGGAAGCUCUACGUCCAUUACAUCGACUACGGCAUUUGGAUUUGCGAUCAAACAACAUAACUUACAUUAGCGAGGACGCAUUCACUGGAUACGGCGACUCUAUAACAUUCCUAAAUUUACAAAAGAACAUGAUUCAUCAAUUGCCGACAAUGGGCUUCGAUAAUCUCAACUCUCUGGAGACGCUCAAUCUACAGAACAACAAACUACAACAUAUUCCCGAAGAGAUAAUGGAACCGAUAUUGGAUACUUUACGAGUUGUCGAUAUUAUGGAUAAUCCAUUGAUUUGCGACUGCGAGUUGGCCUGGUAUGAAGCGUGGCUCUCAGGUCUCAGAGACAGAGACGACGAGAUGAUGCAGAAGAAGCGUACUGUCUGCACCAUGGUCAACGAGCAUCGAGAAUACAGCGUUGCCAAAAUGCCCCUCGAGAAGAUGAGCUGUAAAAGGAAACCACCGUACGGCCGACCUUCAGGUGCAACCAAAAUUAAACCAAUAAUAGCGAUAAAUGCGUUACUCAUCAUCGCCGCUAGAUGGAUCUAGAAUUAAAACUGUCAAAUACUAAAGUGAUUUAAAUUAACCCUUUUAAUUUAAACGCGAAACGUACAUUAUGCUAGCUGUGGCCGGAUAGCUAAAUGAUACGUAUUCGCUUUUAUGUAUUCAGUUGAAAAAACUUUAUAACGUGAUGAAUUUGUGCAAUAAACUACGAUACAUAUCAAUUUUGGGCUGAGUAGAACAAAAUUAGUAAUAUUUGGGAGGGAAUAAAUUGUGAUAAGAGAAAGAUAUAAUGGAUGGUUUUUUUAAAGAGUCGUGUAAGUUAGUGUUAUACACUAAAUAAAAAAUCGUUUACAACAGAUAUGCCUUAUUGUAGUUAUGCACGUAAGAGCAAAUGUAAUAAAACGACUACAUUUUAUAAUAAAAAAGGCAAUAAAAACUCUUUGCUUAUCAAUUGGAAAUGAAAGUAUUAACGCUGCUAAAAUCUAAAAUGUUAACAACUU